AUGGGCAUUUACCUGGACGGGCCCCAGUCCGACCCGCCAAGGUCCGAGGUCCCGAUUGAUACGACACGACUUAGUACAAUAACGCCCUAUACCCCAAGAGAAAUAUCCCAAUUAAUCCCAUUUCUGCACUUCACGAUGUCGUUACGAUCAGGACCCUUGAACCAUGAGAAUUUCUAUAUCUCCUUUCCACAUGAGCGCGUUGUCCAGGUAACCAUCAACCGACCUGACAAGUUGAACUGCAUCGACAAGGCUACGAGUCACGAGAUUGCCAAAAUCUGGGAGCAAUUUGACGCAGAUGAAAGCUUAUGGGUGGCCAUCAUCACCGGUGUUGGGCGGGCAUUCUGCACAGGAGCUGAUCUCGGAGAAUGGAACGCUAUGAAUAAGGCUGGUGUCGUGAAUGAUAUGUCUGCCCCGGGUCUGGCCGGAUUGCCUCGCCGAACGGGCAAGAAGCCGAUCAUCGCCGCCGUGAACGGCAUCUGCAUGGGUGGAGGGUUUGAGAUGGUGGCGAACUGCGAUCUGAUUGUGGCCUCUGCUUCCGCUGUCUUUGCGCUCCCGGAAGUCAAGCGAGGCAUCGUGCCAGUUGCCGGAUGUCUGCCGCGACUGACUCGUACCAUUGGUCUCCAGCGGACGAUGGACCUCGUGCUUACCGGCAGGAACGUGAACGCCACCACCCUUCAGGAAUGGGGCCUCAUUAGUCGAGUGGUGGAUGCAGCCGAUGUCGUCCGCGCUGCGGUGGAGAUCGCGGAAACCAUGUGCAAGAAUAGCCCCGAUGCGCUGAUUGUCGGUCGCCUCGGAGUUCGGAUGAGUUGGGAAGCUGGCAGUGUGGAAGACACGGUAUCAGAUCUAGCGGAUCAGUGGUAUCCUCGUCUGGUGGGUGGUCCUAACUUCGCCGAGGGCAUCCAGGCGUUUGUGGAGAAGCGGUCUCCGUCGUGGAAAAACUCGAAGUUGUAA